ACCCGAACCCGAACCCAAACCCUAAUCCCCAAUCGCUCUGUCCACAAACCCAAAUUGGCAUUUUAAUUCCCUCUGUUUCAGAAUAAUUAUAUGCAUUGGCAAGAUAUCAUUUCGUAGAUAUAGGUGGAGCAGAAGCUUUUGUCCAGAGUUCAAAGACCUUUCUUUAUCUUCUACAAGUGAAUUUAUACUUGAGAUUAAAUGAGUGGUAGAGAAGCAAGAGGCAGGUCUCGUAGGGAUUAUCCUGCGAAAUCUGAAGAGAAAUCCCAGCAUGGUCGGGGAAACAAUCCCCCAUCGAGACACCUUUGGGUUGGAAAUCUUUCGCACAACUUAACAGAGAAUGAUUUGGCCCAUCAAUUUCUCAAGUUUGGGGAUCUUGAGAGUCUUGCAUUUCAACUGGGUCGCAGUUAUGCUUUCAUUAACUAUAGAAAUGAUAAAGAUGCUUUUCUUGCAGUAAGAGAGCUCCAAGGUUUUGUUCUUGCAGGCAAUCCACUUAAGAUUGAGUUUGCGAAGGCGGAAAAAUCAACAUUGCCCCCACGCGAGGCAGACUAUUCUCAACGACGGGAUGAAUCACGUCCCUCUGCAAGAGGGUCUACAUUUACACAUAGGGAGUCAAGAGCAUAUCACUCUCCUGAGCCACCAUAUCUGGACAAAACCAAGACAAAUAAUAAGGAUGCAGACCCCAGUGAAGUCUUAUGGAUUGGGUUUCCUGCUCAAUUGGAAGUGGAUGAAUUCAUUUUGAGGAAGGCAUUUUCACCAUUUGGAGAGAUAGAGAAGAUAACUGCAUUUCCUGGGCGUACUUAUGCCUUUGUUCGUUUUAGAAAUAUUAGUGCAGCAUGCAGGGCUAAAAACACUCUUCAGGGGAAGUUAUUUGGAAAUCCUCGUGUACAUAUAUGUUUUGCCAAGAGCGAUUCUGGAACAUCAAACAGAGAGAAGAAUUCAAUAGAUGCUCCAUUAUCUCCACAUUUUGAGUCAUAUGGACGCCAGCGAUCGCCUGAAUACUUCCGGUCUGGUAGGAGCUUUGGUGAUGUGACUGGAGAACCCAGAAUUAGAUCUAAUUUUAUCCCAAAUAUGGAGCCUGGCGAUUAUGGUGCCAUGGUUUUUGGUAGAAAGGCUAAUAUAUGGGCCAGUGAAGAUGUUGCCAAUGAGCAGAGGAGAUAUCCAGAACGAAGGUCUGAGCUGGGAUUACGCGGAAAUAUCUAUGAGCAUCGCAAUAGUCCUUCAAGAGACAGAGAUACUCAUUUUCAUGAAUACUCCCCUCAGAAGUUUCCUCGACAAGGUCCAUUUUAUGAUGAUCCAUGGGAUUUGCCUGAAGAUUCCUCGUACUUGCAGGGUGCAAAGAAACUUAAGACCACAGCAUUUCCUGCUGAAAAUGAGCUUCCAGAAUAUCCUUUCUCAGAAUCGGAAAAAGUAAAACAUGUUGUCUCUAAGACAUAUCCUGAUUUUCCUCAAGCUGAGGUCCUUGAUAAGAAAUACGAUUCCAGGCCUAUCAAUUAUAGACAGAUCCCCGACCGUGCAAUGAGCUCAACCCAAAAUUAUGGGGAGAGGAGUGAUCACUGGAAUGCAUCAUAUGAUAAUUUCCAGGUCAACUCAGUUCCAUUGCCUCAACUUGACCGCAAAAGAUUGACCCCUGAAAUACAUGAAUUGGCCCGGAAUGAAGAAUGGAAGUGGGAGGGAACAAUAGCCAAGGGAGGGACCCCUGUUUGUCGUGCUCGGUGCUUUCGUGUGGGAAAACCAUUGGACAUGCCCCUGCCGGAAUAUUUAGAUUGCACAGCAAGGACUAGUUUAGACAUGCUUGCUAAGCAUUACUACCAGGCAGCUAGUGCUUGGGUUGUCUUCUUUGUUCCGGCAACUGAUCCGGACAUGGCAUUUUAUAACGAGUUCAGGAAUUAUCUGGGUGAGAAACAGCGAGCAGCUGUUGCUAAAUUGGAUGAAAGGACAACCUUGUUUCUUGUACCUCCCUCAGAAUUCUCAGAGAAAGUACUGAAAGUACCAGGGAAACUGAGCAUUUCUGGUGUUAUUUUAAGGUUAGAGCCUCAAAGUUCCAGCUAUGGGUCCCCUCCCCAACAUCAGAACAAAGAAACUACUUUUACAUCUUUCCAAGGUAAUUCCCCCUACCAGAAGCCUAUCUCACCUUCAGACCGCUACUUGCCCAAUCAUUCUUUUAAGAAUUUCGAGAGACCUGUAAUAAGUGCUCCACCUAUUUCGGGAGCUUUGUCUUCAGGUGGUCUAGCUGCACCAUUUUCGGGAUCCGGUCAUUCUACUAGUAAUUUGCAUGAGCCCUUUAAUACACAACAACAUGAUCAUCUGCUCCAUCAGCAAAAGCUUGCAUCUGGAACGAACUGGCCUCUCCGUGAUUUGCAGAACCUGAAUUCCAACGCACCGAAUAUUUCAUCACAGGCAUCCAUGGGGUAUUCUGCAUUACCUAGGUCUGUGCAGGAGACAUCUCAAAACAAUUACACAUCCGAAAUGUCGGGUACUUCUUCAAGUGGGAAUGGAAAGUUGCCCCUUCAGGAAAGACCUCCCCUCCCUUCACCAUUGCCUUCUGCAGGAUUUCGACCGGAACAACUAGCUCAGCUAGCUUCAACCCUUCUUGGUCAACAGGGGCAAUUGAGUAGUGGGUUGACUGGCGAAGGUUACAGACAAGCAGAGAACAUGAAUCAGUCCGGAUAUUCAUCCAUACCCUCACAGAAUUAUGGUUUACCAAAUGACCAGGUGUCUUCAGAGUUCUCGUCAGCACAAUUUGGUCAAGUGCAACAGUUCCAGCAGCAACAGCAGACUCCAAAUUCGGUCGCUGCACCUCAAAUGAAUCAACAGCUUCAAAAUGCUGGCCAAGAGGAUGCAGAAGCUGACCCCCAGAAGCGAUUGCAGGCUACACUGCAGUUGGCAGCAGCUCUUCUUCAGCAAAUUCAGCAGGGGAAAGGGAACUGACUUAAAUUGAUUGAGGAAACAGUCAUUGGCAUACUUAUUAACAGCUUGGGAAUCCACAUUCUGGUCGCCUUUGGCUUUUCCUUUUCUAUGUUUUCUGAUUAAGAUUGCAAGGAGAGUGAAAAACGUAUGAAGCCAGUCUUAGUAGCUACUUUUAGCAACUUCGAACUAUUUCUAGUCCCGUUCUGUUUAAUUAUACUUCGUGGUUGUAUUUCUUUUCUUGAUCUGGCAAACUUCACUGCGAAUUUGUUUAUUUUGCUCUUUGCUAUGGCUGAUGAACAUUUCUCCAACAGUAAUAUUGGCAUUUUCAAGCGGUAACUUUAUUAGCUUA